UUUUGCCUCGGCCGUUCAGAACAUUUGAAAUGCGUUGUUUGGAAUCAAAUUUUGCGACAUUCUAACGCAAUUAGAACUCUUACGAUGGAUGUAGAUUGCGAAUUAGAUGGCGAUCUUUUAACAAAAUUUAGUUGUUUGGGAACCACGGAUCACGAUGUUCUUAUUAAUGAACUUCAAAGACUGUUGGAUUUUCAACUCAACCCGUCAGGGUGCGCUUUCUUCCUAGAUAUGACAAACUGGAAUCUCCAGGCAGCAGUAGGGGCAUAUUAUGAUUUUAACAGUCCUCAAGACAAACUACCAAGUAUGGCAUUUAUCAGAGAUGUGACAAUUGGAGAGGGCGAGUCUGUCCCACCCAACACAGCCUUUGUGAAAACAUGGCGAAUUCAAAAUAAUGGCAAUACUCCUUGGCCAAAUGGAGUGUUUCUAAAAUACACAUCUGGUGACCAACUGGGUCCCGUAAAUUUGGUCUCUGUUAAAUCUUUGAGUGCUGGCGAAUUUUUUGACCUUAGUGUGAACAUGAUAUCCCCUGCAAAAACAGGCAUGUAUCAGGGUCAGUGGAGGGUGUGUACACCAUCUGGACAGUAUUUUGGGGAUGUUAUAUGGGUCAUUCUCUGUGUGGAUGAAGGAGGAUUGUUAGGACUCACACAGCAGCUGUCAUCAUUAGGAAGGGAAAUGAACUUUCAUGAAGGAUCCAGCCCUUCAUCACCCUCUGAUAAUCCUUUUGGACUUUCAACACCUAUAUCAAUUUCCCCACAACCUAUUUAUUCUGUUCCCCAUAACAGCCCAGCUAAUGGGGUUAUCCACGUUUCACCUGCUAGGAGAUCUCUUUUUAAUUCCACUGUCAAUGGAGAACAUGUAGAACCUCUCAUCACUCCUAGUAUACAAGUUGGAUCAGUGUUCCAUGGCAAAGAAGAGGAAACUUUAGUGAAUCAAUUAAGGGAUACAUCUCUAGUACAAGACUCAGACCUAGAUCAUUCAUAACAUUUGCAUUGCUAGUUGGUGUUUGAUAUUUUGAAGGUUGUAGGUCCUGUUCUGGGGUCAGAAUUAGACAUUCAAGGAGUAAAUUAAAUUCUUACUAGAGAUUUGAUUGCUCAAAUUUUGAUGAAUAUUCAAAGGUUGUAAACAGAUUUUUUUUCUCAAAACUGGCAGCUGAAAAGUCACUUCUAAAACUCUACACAGGAAUAUUUUACUAUAUAUCUCGAUUAGGUAGUCUGACAUAAUGUCAUUUAAUCAAGCUGAUAUAAUUUCAUUUGGCAUAUUGUUGUUUCAGCCAAAAGAACAAGGUUAACGUAAGGUAACUUAUCUAAUAUGCACAUGCUUUUGGUAUUUCUUUAACUCCCAAAUGUGAUUAACAUGUAUUUUCUCCCUAGAAUAUCCAUACAAUAUCCAUCAAACAGGUAAUUAGAAUACUUAGGCUUAUCAGGUGGAAGUUUUGUCUUUAUCCAACAAAAAAGUCUUGGAACUAAUUUUCAAGGAAAUGUGUAGCAACUGGAGAGGAGAACGAACAAUCGGAUCUUGGAAGUUUGAGGAGGGUAAAGUGGGGUUGGGGAUGGGAAGAAGACUGCAACAACUUGGGCUACACUUUGACAUCAACUAGGUAAAUGAAAAGUUCCAUUCAGUUGGUUUUUGUCUUUUGAACUAAAAAGCACAGGCAAAUACACCGAAUGCAAAUAUGGUGUCCAAUUUAAGUUGCCAUUG